GGUGAGGAUUUUCCUGCUGCUCAUCGAACUGCAGCCUCCGCUUUUCUCCUCCUCCGGUGACAGCUCGAGCUGCAUCCUAAAGCACACACACACACACACUGCUGCAGUCCCGUCACGUCCUCGCGCCUCCAUCCGCUUCAGCGCGUGGAAGAAGAAGAGCAAUGCAUGGUAUGAGAACGCGCGCGCGGCUCAACCAGAGCGACAUGGAGAACAUCAGCGACCACAUGCAGUGAAGGAGCUCCUGAUGUCGUCCACAUUCGGAGGAACGAUGCUGUGGAUCGUCCUGCUAAGCAGCGUCGGCGUCACUCUCGUCCGGACGACUCCCAUCCCUCUGCUGGAUGAAUCGGAGGAGAUUGACGAGCCUUGUUUCCAUCCCUGCUACUGCGAGGUGAAAGAGGGACUGUUCCACGUCCACUGCGAUGGCAAAGGUUUCACCAACGUCAGCCAGGUGGCUCAGUCCUGGAUCAGACCGUUUAAGCUCUACCUGCAGAAGAACACCAUACGCAAGCUGUACUUUAACAACUUCCUGCACCUGAACAACGCCAUAGCCGUGAACCUGGGCAACAACGCGCUGCAGGACAUCCAAGCUGGUGCCUUUAAUGGACUGGGCUCCUUGAAGAGGCUUUACCUCCAUGAGAACAAGCUGGAGGUGUUCCGUAAUGACACGUUCCUCGGCCUGGAGAGUCUGGAAUACCUGCAAGCCGACUACAAUGUCAUCAGGCGGAUCGAGAGCGGCGCGUUUAGACACCUCCACAAACUCCGGGUGCUGAUCCUCAAUGAUAACCUGAUACCCGCGUUACCGCCAUUCCUCUUCAGAUCCGUCUCGCUUACACACCUGGACCUCAGAGGAAACCGCCUAAAGAAUCUGAGCUACCGAGGAGCACUGGAGUACAUCGGGAGAAACCUGAUGGAGAUCCAGCUGGAGGAGAACCCAUGGAACUGUGCGUGCGAUAUCGUCCAGCUGCGGGCCUGGCUGGAGAGAAUACCGUACACGUCCGUGGUGGGCGAGAUCACGUGUGAGUAUCCAUUCCACCUGCACGGCAAAGACCUCAGAGAGAUCAAGCGGCGCGAGCUCUGCCCGGCGCUGACGGAUGCCGAAGUUGAGGCCAAUCUAGGAAUCCCUCAUUCAGCAGGAAGAGUGAGACCAACCAAGCCUUCAUCUAUGUUCUCCGCAAACCAGAACACAGUGUCGUCAGUGGAACAGAAGAACCUGAAACCGACGCGAAGGCCGAGGCCGUCGAAAACCCCGCCCACACCGCGCAGCAUUUAUCCAAACCAUCCUCCGAUCGCUGGAUACGAGACGAGGCCACCCAUCCCCAUCAUCUGCCCCAUAGAGUGCACCUGCAACUUGCACAUCAAUGACCUCGGCCUGACCGUGAACUGCAAGGAGAAUGGAUUUCACAAUGUUUCUGAGCUAACGCCGCGACCGCUAAAUGCAAAGAAGCUCUACCUGAGCGGGAAUCUGAUCCAGAGGAUACACAGGUCUGACUUUUGGAAUUUUUCCAGUCUGGAUUUGUUACACUUAGGAAACAACCAAAUAUUUUAUGUCGAGGAAGGUGCUUUUGCCAAUUUACCCAAUUUACGCAGUCUGUAUCUAAACGGGAAUAACAUCGAGAAGCUAACAGCGGACAUGUUCCACGGCCUGCAGAGUCUGCACUACUUGUAUUUUGAAUACAACGAGAUAAAGGAAGUUCAGCCGGCGGCGUUUAGCCCGAUGCCCGCGCUUCAGCUUUUGUUUCUGAAUAACAAUCUUCUGCAUUCGCUUCCUGUAGGCGCGUUCGAGGGAACGUCGCUCGCUCGGCUCAACCUGCGCAACAACUACUUCCCUCACCUGCCAGUGGGCGGGGUUUUAGAGCACCUGCACGCUGUGGUGCAGAUUGACCUGAAUCAGAACCCCUGGGACUGUGCGUGCGAGAUCGUUCCGUUAAAACAGUGGUUGGAUACGUUAAGCUCGGUGGUCAUCGUUGGCGAGGUGCUGUGUAAGACGCCAGACGCCAUGUUGGGGAAGGAUUUGCGCUCUCUGAGCCCGGAGGUGAUUUGCCCCGAGCUUUUAAGGCCUUCCUCGUCUCCAGAUGAACAUGAGAUGGAGUUUUCGCCUUCGUUCCCUCCUAAAGCUGUCAUUCCUCUUUCUGUGCUCGUCCUCAGCCUUGUCAUCCUGUUCGUCUCGUCGUUCUUUGCUGCUGCGGCACUCUGCACGUUUAUUAUGAAAAAGCGCGACAAGCUUCCGUUUAGGAAGCAGGAAGAGGCGGGGCUAACUGGAAUCCAGAUAGAGUGUGGAAUAUUUACAGAAACUCCACCCACACUGCCCGAAACUCCACCCUCUAACCAUGUCUAUGAAUGCAUCACUGUGCCAGCUUCGCAAUGUGCAGCUUACGAGCGUGGGCGAGACGGGGCGGGGCCUCUAGGGCUUUGCAAGCAGGAGGCGGGGCCUCUAGAGUGCAAGAUGGAAGGUGCGGAUUGUGGUGAGAGCGGCUCCAAUUACAGAACGGUGCUUGAAAAAGAGGAGGAGUGGACGACUGUAGUCAGCCAUGCUCCCAUCAACACCGUGACUGAUAUUGCCGGUUUCCAUGGGAAUGGAAUACUCUGUCCGACGGUGAUUGACAGCCAAGGGCCGACACCCAAAGUGGGAUUGGUACACAACCUUUUCGGGACGAGUUCCUGGCUGGGCGACAUCAGUCCAAAGCGAGCGGUUGCCCCGGACACAGACUCGAGGACAGACUGCACUAAUCAAACCCCGAGCAAUUACACCAACCUCAGCGCGAGACUGAAAACCAAAAUGGAUUACGUUGACGCGCUGGAGAGAUCGUAUCAGUUUUAAAACAUUUACGAUCAAAUAAAAGUCUCGACUUCCCCGUCGUCUUUCUUCCAGGAAUGAAUAAUGGUAAGACUGAAUGCCACGUUGCUCCGGAGGAAAUCCCCGUACUCUGACUUUUAUAACAAGUGCCUUCAUGAGAGCAGCCAGCAACGAUGUAAAGAUAAUUAUUUUUAUACAAUUACAGUUUAUUUAUCUAAAACACAGAUUUAGGGCAAAAGGACAAAGCUGAAAAAGGAAGGAACGACACGUCUGAACCACAGAUCUCCAUAUUAGACACCUACGUAGCUGAUGACAUCAUUACUUACGCUAUUGUGUGAUGAGGAAAUCUAAAAUAACCUGUACGGUUAGCUUGUGUGUAACGUAAAGGACUCAGGGCGGGGGUUUAAAGAGGUUUAUUUACAGGAAUGUAAACAACAGGUGAGGCACAUUAAAAAUAAAAAAAAUCAUGCCGAGAACGUUCACAAUACCGAAUCGUUGGCAAGACUUCGCCACAUUUCAGUGGUGACCACGUGUUUAUAUAUAUACGGCUAGACCAAGAAAAGCGUGGAGUUUUUCGGUAAUCGUUUGCGGUAUAGAGUAUUCAGGUGAGGGCGCCCUCUUCUGGUGUGGAGGUGAAUCGUCACGAUAUGAACAACGAUUGAGUCACAAUCACGUAUUACUUGACACGUACAUCCCGUAAAAAAAUUUUCUGUUCUUUUUUUAACUGGGGUGAACUUUUUUUUUUGUUGUUGUUGUUUUUUUGUUUUUUUUGAGAAACGUGAAUUUACACAGUACUUUGAUAUUAACGAAGCAGAUUUUAACAAGUACAUAAGAAAUUUAGCGCUAAAUAAUGAAAUCGUUGCACUGUUACUGUAGUAUUAUAAUAACAUUUAACAUCAUCCAGUGUGACAUCGUACGCAAACGGCAACAUUUACCUAAAUAUAAUCGCUACAAGCACGCAGCAUUAUACGAUUUAUUUUUGUUUACAAAAUUAUAUCAUUUUAUUAAUUUUGCAUGAAAUUCUGUGAAUUAUAAUACGCUGGGAUUUAACGCAGUUGUUUCUACUUGCGGUUGUUUUAUUGCACUAAUGGUAGCCGAACUACAUCGCGCAUAACAACCCAAAAUGCUCUCAUUUUUAUAUAUAUAUAUAUAUAUAUAUGUAUACAUAUAUUUCUAUUUUAAAAUCGAACAUUUAGCUACUUUAGACAACAAAGCUUCUAGAUUAGCUAGAAGAAAGCAUAGUUAGCAUUUCCUUAAUUAGCUAGCUGACUAACAUACGCCAAUAUGCUCGAGAUGUAAAUAUUUAUUUCAAAAUGCUCGUCUAGGAUGCAUGAAUGUUUAAUCGUUAACAUUACUCCAAACAACUUUUCCAGUCUUCCACAUCUUGCUGCUAAGUGAUAUACCUUUUGCUACCAGUAGCUUGUAAGCUAUAAUGCUAAUCGAGUGAAAAAAUCGUAGAAGAGAAAAACAGAAGAUUCAUUGUGAAGAAUAAAAUAUUUUCUUGAAUUAUUAGGGCGAGCACCAACAUUAGCCAGCCAGAUAACAUAAGGGCAAACUUUCCAAAGAAACAUCAGAUAAAAGUUACCUAUAAUUAAGAAUAACUAGCUAAUGCCAGAGAAAACUGCCCAAAGUACAGGUAAAUAAUGUCAGAAAAUAUCUACAAAUUGCCUAGCUAAAAAAAAAUGAAUAAAAACAAGCUAGCUAAUUUAAAAAUAUACUAAUUCAAAAUGGCUAGCGAACACCAGUGUAUAUUACCCAAAGAGAAGUUAGCUAUUGUUAAAAAAUAUCCACAAACCGGCUAGCUAAAAAUAGAGUAAAUUCCUGAAACAAGAUUCGCUCAUUUUAAAAUUCGACCCAAACAAAUAACAAUAAAAAUUAGUUUUAAUUCCUUGAACAAAAACUAGCUAAUGUAAAUUAUAUCUACAAACAAUCAAGGUGGCUAAGGUCAGAGAAAAGUCCUUAAGCAGAAACUAGCUAACGUUUAAAAAAAAUUCCACAGAGCGAACUGGCUAGGUAAUAUCAGAGGAAAUUUCCACAAAAAUAAAUAAAUAAAUAAAAUUGGCUCUAUGGAAUUCUAGCUAAUUUUACAGGCUAUACCCAAAGAAAAGUUAGCAUGCUAGUUCAAGGGGUUCAGUAUCAACAGUGCGCACUAUCUAGGGCACUAAUAUGGAUAUCUGUGGUAUGAAGCCUGGCUUCUAUUCUGUGGAUUGUUUUAGUUUUUUUCUUUCCCGUGAUUAGCGACGUUUCAGAGAUGCAGUGAAACUGUACAGCGUUUUUAUUCCACAUUUAAUCUGAUCAUGGUUACGGACGGCGACGAGGCCGGCCGCUCAUUUUUAUAAUCAUCCAUCUGCGUGCAGGACGUGUGCUUAUAUUUAUUCUUAUAUUUCAGUGUGUUAUUAAUUAUUAAUUAUUCUUAAUUAUUAUUCCUGUACAUCAUGUUUAAUUAAUCAGUGUACGAUGAUUCUGCCUCUCGUUUAGCCUGAACUGAAUAAAGGA